AUGGAACCCGCACACCGCCCCUCCAAUGCAUCGAGAGCGGUGAAGGCCGCACCCUUUACCUGGGGCAGACGCCGCCUGUCCAUCUUCGGCACGGUCGACAACGUGGCGGAUGCCCUGCGCGCCACCCGCCAGGAACGGCGUCUCUCCAGCGCCGCCCAGGAGCCACCGUCGUGUUUAUCUCCUGCGCAUCGCCUACACGGUCGCUGCUCCGGCAGGCUGGGAGGACCUGCGCUGGACAUGGCGGCAGCGGUGCGCGAGCGAGCGCGGCAGGGCAGCGUGCUUGACGCGGAUAGCUUGCCAUUUGCACCGACUGAGGGUGCAACGCCCCCCUCUGUCUCCUUCUCCUUGACGCCGGGCACGCUGUCGACGAGCCUUCCGCCGUUGAGUGUCGAGCCGGUGCCGGAGUGCCUCGCAGUGCUGCGCUAUACCCGAUCCGCGCGUGCGUGGGACACCCUUGCCGCCGGCUGCCUGGCGGAGGCGACACGACUAAGCGAGAAGGACAACGACUUUGUGUCCUGGGCGGCGUGUCUAAUCCUAAGCGGGGACGCCCAGCGGGGGCUGAUGCUGCUGGAGUCGUACGUCGUGGCGACCUGCGUCGUCGUGCACGAGGUGCUUACGGGCGUGCUGGGAGUGCUGCCGAAAGGCGUUCAUCCGCCGUUGAAAGGAAAAGACGGGCGCGAUAGGGGCACGGCGAAGGCAGACCUCGCCGCACACCCCUACGCGCAACGUAAGUGUCGCGAGCGGCACAACCAGGUGCUCAUGGUAUUGAUGCGCUGCCGAACCACCUUUUCGGAGCGUUCACCAGCUGAGUUGCUCAGCUACGAUGUGAACGUGCACCGCACCCCGCAGGCCCUUGUGCAAGAGGUGGUGCUGCAGGCGAUGCAGCUCGUGGAUGCCGCGGAGGUGCAGCGGUGGUACAUCGUCGCGCUGGUGCUCUUCACGCCAGCCGAUGUGAGCGGCAGCAAUGAAACGACGGUAGCGGCGGAUGGCGACGGGCGGAGUCGCACGCAACGACGCGGCUCGCGCGCGACGGCAGCGGACGGCCACGAGUACGUAAAGAAACACCAAAACAGCAACGACGACAGCGGCAGUGGCCCGAAGAGCAACUGGACGAGAGCACUUCCGGCGGGGGACCGAGGGAAGGACACCGAUUCGGUGUGGUCGCAGGCCGGCGGUGCACACCGCCCUUCCAGCGCCACGGCGGACUCGACAAAGCCGAAGACGCGCACGUCGGCCAGCGACGGCUACCGCGCCCCACGCAAUUUGUGGUUUCGCUACUUCUUUGCGCUGGACGACUGCUCCUCCCCCGUGACGACGACGACGGCCACCAGCACUACUGCAACCGACACGCAGCACCGCCGUAGCCCAACGACGGCCAGGAAGAGCACAAACAAGAAGCAGCACGACUCCGACGGCGGACCUGCGACGCCACACGAAGCGGUGCCGACGUCCUCGCCCGCGCACUCACAAGGGAAGAAGGACGUUUCCCCGUCGUACUCCUCUCCUCUCACCACGGGCCGUGGCGAAGCGCAGCCGACCGUCAUGGACGAACGCCUUCCCAGCCCACCCGCCUGCGCUUUACAGUCGUCGGAGUGUGCGGCAGUGGCCGAAUUGAAGGACAGCGGGAGAAAGGGCUCCUUUGCGUUUCAGUCGGGCAGCAAGCUGGCGCGGACGCUGUCGUGGUUUCGAGAUCGCAGCAAGGGUGCCGCUCCGUUGUCUGCCCGCUCCGCCGCCUUGCAUCUGCACCGAAAUGCGCCGCUGAACAUCACGGCUCCGACGUGGCACCUGCCGGCGACUGCCUCGCUGGAUCAGGAGCAGACGUGCUCGCUGCUGCUCUCCCACAGAGAGGAGUGGGACGUGUACUUCAUCACCGCCAUGACCGCCUUCUACACCCAACACUACCGCACUUGCAUGAUGGCGGCGUCGCGGUUUCUGCAAUGGGCAGAGGUGGGUGGAGGCGUGCAGAGUAGCAGCGACGCCGCGAGUGGCGGGUCACCGAGUCGCGCAACGCAGAACUGGAAGAGCGGACGCACUUUCCAUCACACGCAGAAUGGCGAGCCCACUCGCCCCGCACAGUCCUCCACGUCGCAGCCGUUCUCGACCGUGCCAGGUCUGCGCCGCUACCAACACCGGUUUGCGCUCUUUUUGCGUGCCUGGUCGGCGCUGCAGAUCGGCGAGCGACUGCAGGCGGGCAAGGACAUCAUCGCCCUGAUGGAGGACAAGGAGGACUCCUUGUGCUACCACGUCGGCUGUGCCCUCGCCCUCUACGGACUGCCGCUACCGCAGGCGAAGGACGCCCUUCUCACCGCCACCCACACUUUCACCAACGCAGCCGCAAAAACAACUGGUCCUGACGCGCCAUCCGGCACGUCGUUUUCCACCGUGGUGCAGGGCUACCUGUACGUGCUGACCGAAGCCAUCCACGCCACAACGCUGCUGCAGCUAGGUCUGGUGCAGCAAACCAUCGCGGUGGCUACGGCGGCGCUGCAGCGGGCGGAGAGGAGUGAGCUGAGGGAGGAGGACACGAUGCCGCUCGGUGCGCUGCGGGACGUCGUCGUUCUCGCCGCGACCGCCAUGGAGGACUCGCGCGUCGUGUUAGACGUCUCCCUCUCCCCCGAUCGUCUCGUGUACGUUGCCGUCUGCCCUGCCUUCUUCGGUGGGCUGUGCGCGAGCGGCAUCCGCGUUAAGGCGCACUCGGCGACGCACCGCAUUCUGUACCCACAAAACGUCCCUCUUUAUGCCUCAACACGGCGGGUUAUUCCGUUUCACAUGAAUCGUGCGAUGUUUCUCUUCCACGCUGGUCAAGUGGACGGCGCGUGGGACGACGUGUGCUGCGCUGUGGCUGCGGUCGACGAGAUUGUCGGCUCUGUCGAGUUCGCCUUCUCCGACUGCUUCCCGCUGCGUGUGUAUUACUUCGCCAUCCACGUCGGGCUGACGCGGCUGGAGGACCUCCUCGCGGCCGAUCUCGAGGCGGCGAAGGCGUGUCUGGCGAACCCGACCGACCAGCAGACGAUGGAGAGAAAGGACGCACAGCUGCAGGAGAACGAGCUGCUCAGCAAAGAAAUCAUGCACAUCUGCCAGGGGGUGGUGCUGCGAAUGCAGCAGUUUUUCCCGCAUGCCCGCGUCACGGCUCUGUGCCGGGCGCAUGUCGCAAUUGUCUGCGGCGGACAAGACUACAUCGCUGAGGCUGUCGCCAUCUCACGCCGCUACCCCCACAGUCCCUCCGCGCAGAACAUCCUGACGCUCGCCCUCUACUUUGGGCACCACAUCCCCGAGGCGGUCGACAACGCACGCAAAAACUUGCAGACCUUCCCGCACUCGAGCGCGGUGAUCCAGAUGCAUCGCUUGGUACAGAAGAAGCACAUCACCUACAACUUCAACUACCGCAAGCUGGUUCCUCUCCAGUACAAACCAGGCUCGCACGAUCGCGUCUUUACGAAGCGCAUGAUCAUCGUCCUCAUCCUUCUUGCGGCAAACCUCGUUGUCUUAUGCCUGACCGCGUACGUGAAUACCCCGUCCAUCCGAGACAUGCCAGAUGGGCUGCGGUACCUGGCGGUGCGCAUGCAGCUCCCGACCGUCGUCCCCCUCUUCUUCGCCGCCGUCUUCGUCAUGCACGCCAUCGUGGCUGCCAUAACAACGAAGAAUUUAAUUUCCACUCUGCUGACGGACCUCUUCUUCGUGAACACGUCGUUCAAUCGGGCCCUUUUCUGCCUCCGCUGCCUUCCGCUGGUGAAUUUGGUAAACGCGCUGCUCAUCAGCGUGCUCGGCAACAAUUUCCUCUUCGAGAGCGGCUCGGCGACGUUCGUGUUGUACUUUAUCCUCGCCAUCUUGUUUGUGCCGUUUACGACUCGUAUUUGGUUUCUCCCUUCCGUCGAUGAGCCGGACGCGGGUUUCAUGACGUGGCUCGCCAUCCUCAGCGUGGACUCCGUCAUCACCGUCUUCAUUGUGAUUCCGCACAUCAUCGCGGCCUUCUUGGAGCCCUACAUGCUUGUUCUCUUCUACUUCUUUGCCCCAACGCAGCGUCCGGGCAACGACAGAGGCUUUCAGCCGCCGAGCAGCAGCAUUCGCCGACGGCUGUUGCUCCACGCACACGAAAGCAAGUUCCUACCGCCGCGCUUCACCACGGGCAGCGGGUCCCGCUUUGUGCACAUCGUCGCGUUGCGGUGGCUCUACGUCUGGUCCCACUGCACGCUCGAGACGCGUUUUUUGGCGGAGUCGCAGCUGGAGGAGGAGUGCUACCGCGUCUUUCCUCUUGUGGAGGGCGCGGAGGCGGCGGUGCUCUACGCGCACGUCUCGCAGGCCCCGUUGUGUGCUGCGAUGGCAGCGGUGGAGGAGAAGGUCCCGAACGGCGUCGAUCAUCGGCGAUCGCAGUCACGUCGGACGCGUCAUUCCCCAGCGGCAACGUCGGGCGCACAGGUGCGACGCAAGAAUCGUGGACACUCCGGGCCGGCCUCUCCGUCAUCCACUACGUCCACGUCGUGCUCCUCUCUUUCGGCAUCUUCGUCAUCUCCGUCUUCUUCUGAGGACGACGUCGCCUCCGGUUCUGCGUCGUCCAACGACUCCCGUUUCUCCAGCUUCUUCACCAGCAGCGACGCCUCCGACGACAGUUUCAGUGACGAGAGGGAAGGGAGCGACGGUGACAGCAACCGCGGCGGUGCCGACGGGACACCGCUGGCUGGCGUGCGCACGGUGGACGCCAUGCGGAAGCUGCUCCACCGCUCCACCCGCAAGCGCACCGCAACGAUGCGGCCCAUUCCCUCCUUCGUCCGGCCCAACCCAGCGCACUCUCUCACCUCUCUCUUCACGGGACGCAGCGACGUCAGCGGCAGCCAAGCCGAGGGCGAAGAGGAGCGACGCAGUUCCGGGAAUGGCCGGACGCGCCGUGCGGGUUCGACGGGGGGUGAGGUCGUGAACGGCUGCAAUGAUGCUACGCAACAUUACCGUGGGGGCGGUUCGGCUGCCUCCGCUCGCCCACUGUCUCAGGGCAGCCCCUCGCACAACGCAGCGACUCUCAAGAAGCAACACAACGAUGAGGCAGGUCGGCGACAUCACCGCAAUGACAGCAGCACCAGCAGUAGUAGUGGGCAUAGCUCAGAGGUGGCGUCCUACCACGCAGACGAAGAACUCGGCCUGCGCUAUCAGCGGCAUUGCGCACGCGUGGACGAAACCGGCGGGGAGGCUGCUGCGUUUUCCCCCAGCGACGCACACACUGAUCCCUGCGGUCCCCGUGCACAGGCACCUCGACCGUUCGACGCAAAUUAUCUGUACACUGAUGCGUACGCUGCCCAAAACAGGUUUGGGUGGUACACGAACGACGGUGCGGGCAGCAACGCGAAUCAGCACACGCGCCGCGACGCUGACGCAUUAGACUUCUAA